AUGAGACCAUUACAUCUUCGUUUACACGAAAGACCAAUUACCCACGUUCAAUUCAACCGUGAAGGUGACCUUUUAUUUGUUGCCGGAAAGGAUAAGUUGGUAUCAUUGUGGUACACUUCAACUGGUGAAAGAGUCGGAACCUAUCCACACGGUGCCGUAGUAUAUUCAUUAGAUGUUUGCCGUAAAAUAGAUAUAGACAGAGAUACAGAUACAGUGAUUGAUUCAACAGAGACAGACAGACAGCAGGAGAGAACAAAAAAUACCAAAUACUUGAUCACUGCUUCAGCCGAUUCAAAGGUCAAGGUAUGGGAAGUAAAGAGUGGUAGAGAGAUGGAGACCCUCAGUUUUGAGGUUCCAGCUCGUUGGAUCGAGUUUGCUCAAGGUGGUAGACAAAUCCUCGUUGUUACUGAUCAAAUUAUGGGUGCUCAAGCUGCUAUUCAUGUAUAUAAUUUCGACCCAGAAAGUGUAAAGAAGUUGUCAUACGCUUACACUUUACCAUCACCAAACUGCAAGAUUACUCAAGCUUCAUGGGGACCAUUGAACAAGCAAAUCUUUGCUGCUUGUGAAGAUGGUGUUGUUAGAAUCUACGAUAUUGAAAAAGAGACUGUCAAGAACAUCACUGAUAAUACCAAGAUGGUUACAAAGAUUGCUUGGAUGAAGCACAGACUUAUGUUUUUGACUUGUUCAAAGGAUGGUACUGCUAGAUUAUAUGAUACUAAAACACUCCAACCAUUAAAGACUUUUGAUACUGGUCGUCCAGUCAAUGCUGGUGCCAUCUCUCCACUCAAGCCACAUGUCGUACUUGGUGGUGGUCAAUCUGCCGAUUCUGUAACAACCACUUUGGUCGAUUCCACUCAAUUCAAGGUCAAAUUUUUCCAUAUUGCCUUUGGUGAUGAAAUGGGCGGUUUGCUCGGUCACAUUGGUCCAGUUCACUCUAUAGCUUUUACUCCAGAUGGAAAAACAUUUGCAACUGGUGGAGAAGAAGGUCUUGUCAUUCUUAACCAUUUCGAUCCAUCAUAUUUCGAAUUUGACCAAGAUUUGGUUUAUGAUCAACCAGAAGAAGAGGAAGCCUCAACCACCACCUCUGCCUAA